UCCACCGCCAAUGUCAGCCGCAAUACCAUGCUCGCGCGCUGCGGCGCCGCGUAUUGCCUUGAGAACUACACGAUGCCAACGAUUUCUGAGCACCGAAGCAAUUGCUGUCGAGGCGACGCCAGCAGCUCUACUCCCCCGGAAGCGUGAAACGCCAAUACUGCGGAAGACCCUCAGCGAGCAGAUGCACAGGGCCAUGUAUCCGCAUUUAUACGAGGGUGGAAGUUCCAAAACGGUUGCACCUAGGAGAACUGCACAGCCAAAGAUUCAGAAACCUAUCGGUUCUAAAUGGGCACCGGCGAUGCGAGAGGAGAACGUUUACAAGACUCUCAGCGAACAAUUCGGUGUCCCCAUCUUCAAGCCUUCGGCUCUUAACAUCAAGAAAACCUGUCCCAACCCCGUCGCAGCCGUAACCGCCUCGCAGACCACGCUCCUCGACCCCACUGGCGCCCGCACCCGCCUCUUCGCGAAAGACAACCCAGAAUGCGCUCGCGUCGGCGACAUUUUGCUCGUUCGCCAGCGCACCGGCGAUCCCUUUGCUGGCGUAUGCAUCAACAUCCGGCGGCGCGGCGUCGAUACCGCCAUCCUCCUACGCGGUCAGCUUACGCGAGUCGGCGUGGAGAUGUGGUAUAAGAUCUACAGUCCGUUGGUGGAGGGCAUUGAAGUUGUACAACGCGCGGCGAAGAGGGCGAGGAGAGCGAGAUUGACGUACAUGCGCCUUGUUAAGCAUGAUAGGGGGAGUGUGGAGAAUGUGGUCAGGAUGUAUCUAAGGCAGAAGGCUGCGCUUGGUACAGCGGACGGCAAGAAGAAGGGUGGUGCUGCUGCCGCGGCGGCAAUGGGUGGAGGUGGCAAGAAGGGCAAGGGGCGAGGGAAGAAGAGGUAGAUGUGUGUAGAAGGAUAGAUUUGUGUAUAAUAGCAUGGCAUAGCCCGGUGCUGGUUUAGUUGGACAUACUGUACAGAUAUGUACAACAUUGGGCAGAAAUCAAGAGCUUGUUCUGUCGAAACUGCCAUUCGUGUAACCAUCUUCAUUCCGUAAAGUAGAAAAGGGUAGCGGUGGAAUUGAGAUCAAAGCAAA